UACAGAAUCCCUGCGCACGUCCGGUUAGUCGGCGGUGUCCCAGCAGGUGGAAGGUAUGGACUCCAGGACGGACAGUUACAGUCUCCAGUGAUGGGGGCAGGAGUAACACAUCAGAGACCCCAUAGCCAAAACAUGUGUAUUAACGGAGCAAGAUAAUGUUUUGCCCACUGAAUUUUGAAAAGAUCUGAGGAUAGUCGCACAUACAGAGAUAGUUGAAAACACUCCUCAAUGAACAAGAGUACAACAGAGUCCCCAGCUCCUGGGAAUUCUAGUGGAGGAUUCACCCCACUGGCUGUAGGCCUGAUGACCGGGCAGUUCAUCAUGAUGGUGGUGAUGGUGGGGGGCAACAGCAUCUUCAUCCUUGCCAUCAUCAAGUACCGCAAACUGAAGACCAUCAACAGCAUGUUUGUGGCCAACCUGUCCCUGUCCGACCUCAUCUUGGGGAUCACCAUGUCCUUCCAGAUAUCCUUCUUCUUUCAACCCUGGAUGGAGCAUGUGAAGGAGCUCUGCAUCCUCAGAUUCCAGUCCGUCAACCUCUUCAGCAAGGCUGCCCUGUACUCCCUCUGCCUCACUGUCAUCGACCGCUUCAUUGCCAUCAUCUACCCGUUGAAGUACACGAGCAUCAUGACCAACACCAAGGCAUACAUCCUCAUCGCCAUCAUGUGGGUGUAUGCUAUCACUAAUUCCCUUGUCCCAAUCAUCUUCGACAUCAACACAUGGGACACAGCUGCCUUCUGUCUGUACGAGCUUGUGACAGAGAGGGCAUACCGCCUGUAUAUCCACACUGAAGGCCUCCUCCUCUCCAUCUUCCUAAUGGUGUGCUACUCCUACAUCUACAUGGUUGUCCGCAGACACAAGAAGAAGAUUGCUACAGAAAACACUGCAUCUGAUCGCAGGUUCAUUCAGGACAAGAAGCUGGCCAAGUUCAGCAUCAUCAUCGCCAUUGUCUUUACCAUCUGCUGGCUGCCCUUUAGCAUCAUUCAAGAGAUUCAGGCUUACCAGUUCACUGUUACUGGAGCAUUUGUAGGCAACUUUGCUGUUUUUCUGGGCAUUUCCAAUUCAGCCAUAAAUCCAUUUAUCUACACAUGGAAGAAUCCAGACUUCCGCAGCGCUAUUAAAAAGCUGUUAAGACUGCAACAUCUUCCUCAACAAACCAAUAUCACUUCAGGAGGACCCACCAGUUAGGACAGACUAACAUAGAGACCAUAGAGACAGUACUGGCCAAGAACUGGGAAGACAUCUGCACAUGGGGUUGGUGUUGUAAGUAAAUGUGUGCUAAAUACGUAAGGACUCACCAAGUGGAUGUUCUAAAUCUUGCAACUGUUUCAGCUACACCACCAACAUCAUUGCAUUGUUCUACAAGAUUUGAUGUGCACGAUACUCUGCUUCAUCACACCAGCCUGAUGUCAAUACUCAUGUCAAGGUGAUAUGAGCGAGUGAGCUGGGUUUUACGUCUCUUGUAGCUAUAUUCCAGCAAUAUCACGGCGAGGGACACCAGAAAUGGUGUCCAUGUGGGGAAUCAAACCCAGGUCUUCGGUGUGACAAGCAAACGUGUUAACCACUAGGCUACCCCACUGGCCCAAGGUGACAUGAAAGGCAGUCUGUGAGUGUGGCCAGUUUCACAGCUUGCUUGGACCAGUGUUCACAACAAACACAUAACUUGCUUUCAUAUGGCUGCUUCCAUAGGCACCCUACCAAUGUCACCUUAUCAAAGUGAAACCAACUACAUGACAGUGGCGCAGUGAUGGAAUCCAAGCAAUACUGGAGUGAGAGAGUUUAGUUUUACUCCACACUCAGCAAUAUUCCAGGUAUAUGGGGGCAGUCUGUAAAUAAGCAAGU